AUCUACUAUUAUUCAGAAGGCCAGUCUUACACCUACGGAGAGUUUAAGAACAGGAUAACAGCUGCAACAGGUCCAGGGAAUGCAUCAAUAACAAUCUCCAACAUGCAGCCCUCAGACACUGGUUCCUACACCUGUGAAGUUUUCAGCCCAGAGGGUGAUGCUGGACAGAGUCAAAAAUCCGUGAUUGUCAACGUGCUGGUCAAACCAUCAACACCUUUCUGCAAAAUAGAAGGAACCCCUGAAAAAGGCCAUCUAAUCUACCUCUUAUGCAGAUGUGAGGAAGGAUUGCCUCACCCUACCUACCGCUGGUACAAAGUAGCUGACAAUACUCUCAAGCCUGUGACUGAACAACUCAAUCCAAACACUGGCAUUCUUUACAUUGGCAAUCUCACCACCUUUGAAACUGGGUAUUACCGGUGCAUAGCCAGCAACCUCCUGGGGAACAGUACCUGUGAGCUCGACCUAACUACGAAACAUUCAGAUGGUGGUGUUGUUGCUGGAGCAUUAAUUGGAGCAGUUCUCGCAGCUGCUAUCAUUUGCAUUAUCGUUUGGGUCUUAAGCAAGAAGGCAAAAAAGACAAAGAAGACAUCAAGUAACGAGAUGCAAGAAAUGGCUCAGAAACAAUCUAAUGCAGCCUAUGUUCAGGUACCUAAUGAAGAAAACAUUCCUGCAACCACAGUUCCACCAAGCAAUGCAACAUAUGAAUACCCUAGUGUUGAUGAGACAGCAGCCUCUGGAACACCUGAGAAUGAUGAGAAGCAAGAAGUGGAAAAAGAAGAACUAGCCUAUGACCACCUCACUUUUAAAGUUCCUGAGCCACCAGCAUUCCAGAGUUGUGUAUUCCAGCUGUUCUGGUUUUCAGUUUACUGGAACGAGCAUUCAGGUGAAAGCAUCAAGAGGGAAGUCAGCAAAGCUAAGGAGCACAUAAUCCACAGUGAAACUCCAUCUGAAUUGAAAGUGAUAAACCAAAUUGUACAAUGCUUAAAAAUAAUCUGA